AUGAGCCAACCAUCAGUUAACGGCGUGGGAACAGGAUCGGACUGGCAGGACCCAUGGGUCAGCCUCACCAAGUCACCAUUCGCGUUGGCGGACGCGGCGCACGACGCGGGGCGACACCCGCGCGCAGCCGAGCAAAGGACGCCUCGGUUGCAUGCGUAUGCUCGACAAGAGGCUUCCGAAUUCCACCGUACACCACCACACGCAGCACAAGGGAGGACUAGUGCGGCACGACCAUAUCGGGAGGAGAGAAACAUGCACCGGUCGUCGAGCUACUGCCUAUCGACGUCGUCGACGGCGACGUCCUCGUCGGGGACGAGCGGGACGGCGGGUAUAAUGGACGUGGACCAGCUGCCGACGUACGACCCCCGGUCGGACGUGGCCAAGAAGGAAGCGUUGGACGCCUCCCGCGCCGGCCUGGCCCGCACCCUCGUCCACCUCAUCCCCGUCGUCGUGCUCCUCUGCGGCCUCCUCCUCUGGUCGCUCUCCGCCACCGAUACCCCCGAUGUAGGUAUCAUGUUAGAGAAAGGGGGCGGCGAUAAGAUGGUGACACAUGUCAAGCUGAUGCCACAGAAGACUAGAUCUCCGUCGCGCUGGAACAGUUCAGGCAUGAUGACCGGGAUGGAGGAUUCGGAUCCAAUAGACAAGGCUCACGUAACAAAAAGGAGGGUGUUAAGAAGUGAAAUGUAA